AUGUUUCCGUUGAAAGUUGUCAAUAUUUUAACACUGCUGACUCGCCUAGCGGCGGCAGGCCACAUUAGUUUCGCUCCGUUUUACAACACCGGAAUCGGCUUCCAUCGAGAUGAUUUCAAUUUCGGUUUUCCUGUCUCGGAAUAUUUAGUCGCAUCCGCAUCGAAUUGGGGAGGUGGUGGAAGUGGCAAAAAAGAAGGUGGAGGCAAGGAAUACCACGCUAAAAAAUAUUCCGAUUAUGGACACAAAGGCGAUAAAGGAUACAAAUCUGAUCAUCACCACGAUGAGGAAGAACACGAAAAACAUGGAAAGAAAUUCAAAUCAGGAAAAUACGGCGAAAAAGGGGGUCAUCAUGACAAACACCAUGACGAAGCUGGACAUUACAAGAAGUUCCAUGAAGGGAAAAAGUCGCACAAAGCGGCCAAAUUCGGAGAGAAAAAAGGGCACAAAAAGGGCCACAAGACAAAGGGUUACCAUAACAAGUUCCACCGGGAUGAGUACCAUAAAGAACACAAGUUUUACGAUGAUUAUCACAAGAGUGGGUACCACGACAAGUACGGGGACCAUCAUGAGCACUACUCGAAGAAGGAUGGAGCCCACAAGAAGGGUGGAUCUGCUCAUUCGGACCACCACAAAGACGAAUUCGGAAAGAAAGGCUUCAGUGACAAAGGCCACGUCAUUGAUGAACACAAAGGCUUCAAAGGGAAGAAGGGCCACAAAUCCCAUCACAAACAUUACAACGAUUACGCAAAGAAAAAGGCUUCAGAAUCAGGCAAACACUUCGGAUACUCCCAGAAACACUAGUUUUUGCUCUUCACAAAGCUGUUGCAAUUUUAUGCAUCGCUACCUUCCACCAAUUCGGCUUAAAUCAGUGAAAGCGAGCUUGCGGUUUCGACUCAACAUGCAAACAUAGUUGAAUUUUUUACGGACAUGCCAUAUUUUGUUAUACCUACUCCGGCUAGUUUCACCACAAUUGUGAAUAAUUCGAUUUCGUGCCGUGAAACUGGUCCUUUUCCACUGUUUUUACUUUGUUUAAAUAAAAACAUAGCAUUUG